AUGAGCACUGGCGUUUCUGCCAGGACGCUUUUAACCAGCCAAGAUUCCCAAAAAGUUGUUAAGGAUGUAAAGUUUUCUGCGGAAACGCUUUCGGAAACGAAAAGAACGUUCGAGAGGAACGCUGCAGCGGUGCGGGAGACGCACUCCCGGCUUUGCGAGAUCUGUCGACAAGUGCUUGCCGCCUAUGAACAACGCUUACCGGGCUUGGGAACACUGACGAGCGAUCCAGUUUUUGGACUCGAAAUCGUUGAGGCUCUGGGUAACCGUUCGCCACCAAUCGACAUAGCGGUGCUUGGCGAGCGCUCGUGGCCGCCAGAGGUCAGCAUGGGGCUUGCACUGCUGCUCCGGAGACUGGGUCCGCCACUGACUGAUUGGGAGCAAGUUGCAAGACUGAUUCAGAGAAGUAAGCGUUUUUUGAUGGAAGAGAAAGAGCUCAUGAUGCGAUUACUUGACCAAGUGGAGUUUGUGGCGCCCAACUUGUGCGCACUGACGGGGAAGAACUUUGCGGUGCGAGUGCUCGCAGAGUGCGGCGGCCUCGAGGCCUUGGCCAAACUUCCUUCCGAUCAGUUGCGCCUCAUCGGAGCGCGGGAUACGUACGUUUUCUAUGGCCCCCGGUGUCUACGGGGGGCCAUUUUUCAAUGCAGCCUUCUCCGUGAGAUUCUUGCAGGUUUAGAAAACGCAGGUGCGGUCGGAUCGGAAACAAACGUACGGCGCAUUCGGUGCAUUGCCCGAAAAAUAGCGAACAGCAUCGCACUCAUGGCUCGGGUCGAUCUUUUUGAGAGCACAACAACGGAUCGCAGGGGUGAAAUGGGUGCUCGGGCACACGCGGAGCUCCUCGACCUGUGGCGCAAAGAAGCACGUUGCGCCGCGUGGCAUACAACAGAGGCAUCGAACACGACACCUCUGUUGUAUGAUUACUUGCGGCCGGUUGCGGUUCCCCGCCCGUGGGAAAAACGACGUGGACGCGGCGGGCGGAAGCGAACGCGACGAAAACAGCGCGCACGAAGCGCUGCCAAAGCCCCCAGACCUGUUCAUCAGUCUCUGGCAGACGAGGAGCUGGAACUCGAAUCUGGUGUAGAUGAGGAUGAAGCAUAA